CUUUUUUCUCCUUCUCUCUCUCUCAUACAAAUCCCCCUUCAAUUCCAAAUCUCUUUUAUUUCCAUCCCUCCCUCUCGUCUUCCAUGGACACAAUGAUGAUGCAAGUAGAAAGGUUACCUGAAUUCUCCCAAUCCUUUUACACCUCCAUUCCCAAUCAAGGAACCGACUUCUCCGGUGCCCAAACCAUAUUCAACGCACCACCAGCACCGCCGUGUUUGAUUGAUCCACCGCCCUCCAACAACGUCAACUUCCCCAUCCAACACCAACCGAUUGCAUUCAGGAACCCUUACCAUUGUUCUUCCUCAUCGUCCGCGGAGAAGAAGAGUUCAAUGGCGGCAAUGAGGGAAAUGAUAUUCCGAAUAGCGGUUAUGCAGCCGGUCCACAUAGACCCGGAAUCCGUAAAGGCGCCGAAGCGGAGGAACGUGAAGAUCUCGAAGGAUCCGCAGAGCGUGGCGGCGAGGCACCGGAGAGAAAGGAUAAGCGAGAAGAUAAGGAUCUUGCAGCGGUUGGUGCCAGGUGGCACCAAAAUGGACACUGCUUCCAUGUUGGAUGAGGCUGUGCAUUAUGUGAAGUUCUUGAAGAAGCAGGUGCAGACGCUGGAACAAGCAGAAGCAAGUAGAAUAACAAGAACCCUUGGUGUUGGGUUUUCUUCUUCUAAUAACAGUGGCAAUCAUGUGAAUUACGAUGCUUUUUCUUUCAAGGGUAGUAGUAGUAGUUGCCAACAACUUUGUCAUAAUAUUGUGGGUUCUACUUCUUCUUCCAAGUUACUCAGCUGAGUUAUUUUAUUAAUAUUAUUAUUAUUGUUAUUAUUAUUUAAAAAGAUUAAUG